GUGUCUCUACAAAUAUAUCCUCUAAUCGUAUAACUUAUCGAAUAUUGAAUUUAUGUAAUGCCCUUAAUUGUAAAAAUAUAUGGCAUUAAUUCUCCAACUAGUUUCUACUCAACAAAACAAAUAAAGUAAUAAAUUUCGGUAUAAAUAUACCUCCUACUUCGCAAAAUUAAUUAAAUGCUAAUGAGGCAAUUCUAAAUUCUAGAACCUAUGUCCGUAAUUUGCCUAAAUGAUUUUCUAAUAAUUGCAUAGGCUAAUUAUCGAUCUUCAAGAAUUAGGGCGGCAGGUAUAAGACGCUCAGGGAGAUCAUAGCCAUCAUACCUUAACCUUGAUGGAAGCAUCGAUGUCCCUCUAGUAGUGAUAACUGUGCUGUCAAAUCGAUGGAUUCCGUAAAGUUUAUUACGGAUUUUUUUGGAGCAUGAAGGGUUCAAGAGUAAUCAAUUGAUAUUACCACAUAAGAUUGAUAAUUUAGCUUUGGCCGUUCAGUUACAUAAUCAAGUGAAUUCCAUUCCAUUAGUGAGGUUAAGUAUUUAUGACUGUUUCUCGGUGAACAUGAAUGGGGAAGAUAUGUAUCUAACUGUCGGUGGUUGGGAGGUGUGUUAACAAUAUCAGCAGACCCAUCGUAUCAUGAGGAAUUUCGUAAAUGUGAGUGCAGAAUAACUAUUUCUAGUUUGGAAGAGGAGUUGCUGACUGGAGAAGAAGGGGCGAUGGAACUUAUUUUUGAUAAAUUGCAUCAUUUUGGGGCUUUUAAUUUCAAUUUGUAAUGACGGGAGUUUACGAGAAUUCCUCGAGUGUCGCAGUUCUCAAUAAUUAGUUGAGGUGCUUAUCUAUCUACUUACUCUACUUAUGGUGUACCAAGAAACUUACAAAAAAAUUGAGUCCUAAACCUUACGAAUCUGCUAAGAAACUAUUGUAUUUCUACUGAACUUAUUAAUCAUUUGUGGUAAUUGAGGAACGAAACAGGUCACUCUAAAUCUCCUCCGGAUCCGGGCCUCUUAGAAUGCAGCAUCAUCUCCUAUAAAUCGACGACAUUCUCCUUAAAAAUGGCAGCAAUUCGUCAUACCCUCCAACGCGAGGUAUUCACCCCGAGCGAUGAGAAGCUUCUCAGUGUUUGUUUUGUAUCGAAAGCCUACAAGAAGAAGAAAACAAGUUUCCUCUGUCUAGUCACAACGACAGACACCCCAGGCUCGCUGCUGCUUUACCAGGUCAAGAAGAAUGAUAAGAAUAUCUUCAAGAAGAAGCAGUCCUGGCUCCUAACAGACAUCCAAACGGUGGACGGUGUGAGCCCAGACUCGAUGGACAUGGAACUCCAUAUAGACAAGAUGUACAGAUGGUCAGCGACAACAGCCCAGGAACGCAGAACCUUUCUGAGCAAUCUGUACACUUACACCUGCAGUCUUCCUCAGCGUCCAGAGUUCAAAAACAUCCCGAAAGACUGGCUGAUAGACCCAACAGCACUGAAGGAGAGCGACAGUAUUACCUUCACUCCGGAUCUUCUGACCCCAGCAAUAACGUCAGAUUAUCAGCCCAUAACUGAAAAGGAGGCAUCAGACUUGGAGAAAUUGGUUUCAGACUGUAACUACGCCAUCUCCAACGCAGAACUCUUCAUGGAGACCUUAUCCAAAGACUUGACGGUCCUAGACGGUGAGAACGUCCAGUCGGUUCUCGCCUCGGAGCCCCAGGUGACCCAGUUGAUGAAUGGCAUAGAAGCAGCCAUAACUGAGGCGUCAAUAGUCGAGGCUCGGCUCACAGUCUACGACGAGGCCCUGGGGAGGAUCCGGGAAGUGAUGGCUAGAGUUGGCCAGAAGAAUCAGGCCAUUCAUACAGCGAAUCACAACGCUCGGCUUCUUCUGGAUCAACUGGAUGCAGUAAUAACACAACUAGACAUAUCGAAUCAUCACCAGCAUAUCAUCAGUGAAGCUGAAUUACCUGGGGGUCGAGAGGAGCUCUCCCUGGCAGGUGCAGCACUGCUGAAGGCUGUUUCAGCCCCUUUGCCUCCGGGUCUUGACAAGUUGUCUGCUGUCAGUGAGCAGAAACGCCGCCUAGACAAGCUCAGGGCGAAGUUUGCUCUGUUAGUGGCCAGACAUCUGAAUAAUCUUUUCAUUCAUCUGGGGAAUGAUGUGGGAGAUACUGGUGCCUCAACCACGGAUUUGAUAUUGCCUACUCACUCUACUGUUCACACGGAACUCCAGCCUUAUACCGAACUCAUGCAAUUACUAAGAGCUCUCGAUAACAAAGCUUUUUCACAGUUAAGCAAAGUUUACACUGGAACUAUGUCGAAACUGUAUAAACGAGAUUUGAAAUUGUUCUUUGAAGAGGCCAAGGGAAGACUCAUCAGCACGAGACCUCAACACACCUCCAAAUCUGGCAAUCAGAAGGGGGAGGAUCUCAUCACUCCAGCCCCAAUGUGCCUUCUCAGCAAUGAAGUGUGGGCUCCUCAGGGCGAAGGUGCUCUCUUGGAUUCUCUUCUGGACCGAGCUCUCUCCCAGCUCCAGCCAGUGUGCCUGGCAGAGCAAGCCUUCUGCGUGACGUUCUUCCAACUUGAUUUAGCACUAACCCCAUCCAAGAGUGGCGAUGAAGAGGUAGAUAAUCCUAACAGCGGGGCUGUCUCUCCAGGCUCUGUCACCUCAACAGCAAGUAAAAAACUAGAAAGACAGGUCAAUGAGGAGGUCAGAGCCACCAUGUCUGCAAUAUUUCCGAGUCUUGAACAAGAGCUGAAUAAUUUCAUUUCAUUUCUCGACAAAAUCGACUCCUUCUGGUGCAUGUUUGUCCUCGUCAGAUUGUCGCAACACGUUAUGUCUGCCCAGGACACUGGAUCCUUCCUGUCCAUGACCUUUGCCUCUGCUCUGGUGCAAGUCAAAAGGGUUUUUGAUAAGUUCAUGCAAGCACAACUCCAGUCAAUUCAGGAUACUAAAGUCAAUAGAAGGCACAAGUGCGGAAUUCUUCCUUAUGUGGAUAACUUUGGGCCGUUCGCUAGGGCGGGGGAGAAGAUAUUCAAGAAUUCUGAUCGAAAAGUUGAUCUUGACAAGUGGUACACAAAGCUUGUUGGUGCUAUGUUCGAGGGAAUCAGCAGACACAGCAAUGAACAUCACAAAACACCCCAGGAAGUUAUAAAAAUGGAGAAUUUCCAUCAUCUCUAUGACUUGCUGAGUCAGCUGAAGAUAUCAGUUUUGGAUCAAGAGAGGAAAGAAGCCAAGCAGAAAUACCAGGAUGCAUUGAAGGCCUACGUGAUACAAUACUUUGGGAGACCAUUGGAGAAACUCAAUUUGUUCUUCGAAGGAGUCCAGGCCAAGGUUGGCGCUGGGGUCAAAGAAUCUGAGAUCAGUUAUCAGAUGGCUUUCAGCAAGCAGGAGCUGAGGAGAGUCGUCAGGGAGUAUCCUGCUAGGGAGGUGAAGAAAGGGCUGGAGAAUCUCUACAGAAAGGUUGAGAAACACUUGUGUGAGGAGGAGAAUCUCCUGCAGGUCGUUUGGAGAGAAAUGCAGGGGGAAUUCAUAGCCCAGUACAUCUACAUUGAGGAAUUAAUCCAACGAUGCUAUCCAGACAGCAACGUAACCCUCGAAUUCACCAUUCAAGAUAUUCUUGAAUUUUUCUCUGAAAUAGCUAGAUCGCACUGAACAGAAAACAAAUAAAAAUGGUCACUAAUUCACGUUAGAAUUACACUAUGAUACUCAUUACAAUACAAUAUUGUAAAUACUUGGAAGAUAAUGUAUAUUGUAUAUAAGACAUAUUAUCAACAUUCAGAAAUUAUUUUCAUAAUUUCCUUUUGGUUAUGCCGAUCUAAUUUGUAGUUCAAGUUGAAUAAUAAGGGAGAGGAAGAAAUGGCUGA